AUUUCUGAGUUGGUUUUCGGGCUAAAAAGCUCCUUCCGAAAACCGUUUUCAGCUAUUUGAAUUUAAAAAAAUGUAUCUUGAAAAGAUAUAUUUAUAAUAAAAAAACGAUAUAUUUGUUUUGAUUCAAGGUUGCUCAAAGUCAAGAAGUGAUAACCUAUUGAUCUGAUGUGCAUAUCUUUAGGUAUCUGUCUUAAACUUUUAAAUCUUUUUAUUUAAUUGUUCAAUUUUGUUUUAAAAUAAUGUUUAAGAAGAUUACAACUGAAUUUAAUUAUGUUAAGCGACAAUUUUCAUCAGUUAAAAGUAAAAUUGGUAUAAUAGGAGUACCUUUUGGUAAAGGCGCCUCUAAAACAGGAGCCAAUAAUGGACCUGAAGCGAUAAGGACUGGAGGUUUAUUUGAACAACUUUCUGGAUUUUAUGACAAAUCCCUGAUACACGAUUAUGGAAAUAUAGCAUACAAGGUUCUCGAAAGGCAUAAAUCAAUUCCAAAUAUGAAAGAAUACAAUGAAAUGGUAUCAUGUAAUGAAGAGGUUUCUAGAAAAGUGGAAGAAUUGCUACGAGAUGAUCAUAUCUGCUUAACACUAGGAGGAGAUCAUUCAAUCGCGGUAGGUACAGUAGAUGGACACGUCAAAGCCAAAAAAGAUAUUUGCAUUUUAUGGAUAGACGCGCAUGCAGAUUUAAAUACAAAUAAAACAUCAGACAGUGGAAACAUUCACGGCAUGCCUUUGGCUAUUCUAGCGUCAGAAUUAUCCGACUACUGGCCUUACUUACCAGGUAUGGAUUGGCAGAAACCGGUAAUAUCUCUUAGAAAUUUAGCUUAUAUAGGAUUAAGAUCGGUCGAUCCAUAUGAGAGAAUGGUCAUAGAUAAACUUGGUAUAACUGCUUUUGGUAUGGCCGACGUCGAAGAGCACGGAAUACAUUCUGUGGUUGAAAUGGCUUUGAGAGCCAUUGAUCCCGAUAAAACUAGAUCAAUACAUGUUAGUUUUGAUAUCGAUUCACUGGAUACUUUGGAAGCGCCUAGUACUGGAACCUCCGUUCGCGGGGGUUUAACAUUAAGAGAAGGAAUUCACCUUAUGGAAAUGGUAUAUGAUACAGGUAGAUUAAGUGCAAUGGAUCUAGUAGAAGUUAAUCCAGAUCUAGGAAGCGAGCAAGAUGUUAAAAAAACUGUAGAUGCUGCAAUUCAAUUAAUAUCGGCUGCAUUUGGAAAUAACCGGCGAGGGAUGAAACUUAAAAAUGCUACAUUGCCUUUACAAACAUUCCCUCCAACACGACCUCCAAUAAUGUGAGCAACCAUGAUGUAAUGACUUUCCGAGGGAAAUACAACUGCAAAUGUAAAUACUAGCUAUCUGUACUUGGUACAAUAAUCGAUCCAUUCAAAAAUUGAUCAAGUUUGUUUAUUAGAACUAGGUAUAUGUGGAGUACUUUGAGUAACAUGUUGAAUUGAGUUUUUGGCUAGACUUUGAGCAGGCAAAUUUAGUACUGGAUUUCUUUCGUACAAUUUUCGCCAUAGGUUGUCGAGCAUUAUACAAUAUAUGGCUGCCAAACUUCUCAUAUGCACCUAUCGGCUGUCAUAACCAAGUCAAAAUUUACACUUCCCCAUCCCAUUACUGAACUGAACUAACUUAUUGUAAAAAAUAGUUUUGGAAGAAAUGUCAAUUUUUAUGUUGUUAGUGGCAGAAUAGGAAAAAGGCAACGCAACUUCUUAUUGUUUUCUACUUAGACUUACUUCACGUUCCCUUUUAAUUUUCACAAAAGUAACUUUUAUGUUUUGGUUUUUCCUUUUUUUUAUUGUGUUGACUCAGUUGAAAUUUUAGGAACCGCCACUAUACAAAUAUUCACAUUUGCAUUACCUGUGUAUGUAUGUAUAUAUCAAGCAUUACAAAGUAAUUAUUACAAAGAUUUUUUCAACCACUAUAAUAUCAUCUUGUAAAUGUACUAAAUAAAUCAAACUAUUUUACUGAUCUUUGGAGAUCACCUCAAAUUCCAAUAACCCUGUGACCUACCAUCCUGAACUAAAAUAAUAGUUCUCAGAUAUUGAAAUUUUAAAAUUACCAGUUGGUUAGAAACAUCAAAAAUUUAUAAUAAUUUUAUACCCAUUUAUGCAAACUAGUUAAAUUUGAGCAGUAUUAUAUCUUGAGUGAACCCGAAUGUAAAUUUUCAAAUCUCUCAAUUAGGCUAAAAUCUCCCACUUGAGAGAAUAUUGGAUUUUCUGGUUUUAUGCACCUUUUUUUUGGUUAGGAGUAUAUCAAAAAGAUAAAAAUAAUAGAAUUAGAAAAGAAUAAUCCAAAAAUAUACCAUUUUUCAACCCUUGUAUCCCUCUGAAAUGUGCUUAAAAUUCAAAACGUGCUAGAUUAUUUUUAUGCUAAAUUAAUUACCAUAUUAAAAAACUAUCUAUAGUCUAUCUAUCUAAAAAAUUUAUCAAACAGCAAAGGUCAUCAAUAUUUUUCCAUGUAUGACUAUUAUACCAGUGACUGUAUAUAAAACUAGUAAUUGUUGUUAGUACAAAACUGUAAAUUGUAUUAUUAAUAAAAAUUAUUUUAGUUGAA